AUGUCAGGAGCGCGAAACGAAGUGUCAGCUUUCAGUGGCGCUCACCUGUUUGACUAAGCGUACCUGUCGCGAACUUGUAAGGUUUCUUCGUACUCUACACCUUAACACCUUAACAUGGACGGUUUUUGGACAGACAUGGUGCUCUAAAGUCAUGUUGGUAGGUUGCAGCCUUGAAUAACACUGUGGUGAGGCUUCAAUACAGAAGGAUGUGCGUCGACAAAUCUCUACAGCUGUGAGCAGGUGGUAGUGUGUUGAUUCUUCUCAGGACUGAACUGCAUGUAGAGGAUGGCAGACUUAACUAUAGAAGAUGGCAGACUUAACCAUUGCGUAGGCUUCAUCUGAUACACACCAUGGAUGCCAUCACGGGAAAAGCGGGACUGGAGAAAACUCUCUCGGAGUUGGCGCUCGCCCAGAAGAAACAGCUGCCCCUGCGACAACAAACAGAUCGUCCCCUACUGAAGUACCCCUUGAACCACACAGUGAAGGUGCAUUACUCACAACUUCAGGGGCAAAAAGGAGUAAACGCCGCUCCGCCGAACGGUGUCAGCUACAGGGUUGGCUCUCUCGCCGGUACAAACGCAAACACAAACACAAAAUCCUCACCAACAAAGGGGACAUCAGGAAACCCUUAUACAAGGCCAGUCAGUGCAAAAGAUCUGGAAGACCCAACAAGUCCAGACAAUAGAGGGAUGAAAGCUACGAACUCUACACCAAACAUGGUGACUCCAGGCAGGCCAGCUGUUAUACCUAUCUCUGGUGCCUUUAUACGCCCCAGCAGUGCCAAAAUGCAGCUACAGCCAAAACCACCAAGUCAAAAAACACAAGCUAACCGCGUGUCUCCAAGCGGUAAAGACUCAUCAGCUGGAAAUAGUCCUAGAACAUCGUCCCAGGGCUCUAUGCCCAUCAGUAGAAGGAGCUCGCAAACGGGCCAGCAAUUCAACUCUGGUUCUCCAAACUCAAAGGGCAACUCCAGACGAAACUCUAACACAUCUCUUGUUAGUUCUGGUCUACAAAGCUCCAAUUCUCCUUCUAUCAAGGAGAACCAAAGUCAGUCCAAUAGGACAUCGCCCUUAUCCAACAAGUCUUCCAGUACUGGAACUUCACCACAAGGAAGGGUACAAGAUUCUAGUGUAAACAAUGGUGCCUCCUCUAUGUCCAAUGCUGCUAAUGCAAGGAGGAGGUUAUAUUCUGAUCCCUCUCCAGCAACCAAAAACAAGAUGGACACAAACCCCAUCCCACAGAAAAACUUCAUCCUAGCUAAUCUCAAUGCUGUCAGAAGUAGAACAACAUUCAGCAAAGACAAUACUAGUGCUAGUAUCACAGCAAAUACCAAGCCACCACUGCCACCCAAUGGUAAACCAAAGGUUAGUCCAAACGCUGCCGUUUUGAAGAACAAACCAGUAAACUCCAGUGCUGCUAACGUGAAAACAACUGGAGUAGAAACGAAGACUACCAAACCUAACAUUGUGAGAAAGCAAAGCUCAGGGACCAUUGGAGUGAAGGGAGAGGGCUCACAGCCAAGCAGUGUGAACAGUUCACCAAGGGCUAAGAUUGCACCAAACUCACAGCUGAAUUCAAAACAAGACAAGGCACCAUUUGGGAAAAGUUUGCAAGGAGGCAAGACAUCAGGGACUAAGAAUGUGGAGAGAGAUUUUGGGGAUGGUGCAGUCUCUGCACCUAGGAAGGAGGUGGAGCCAGUGACCUUUGACCCUGAUGACAUGGAUGAUGAGUGGAGUGAUGUGGAGGAGGGGGAGGAAAAUGAGGACUCCAUCUAUGAGGACCCAGAAGGGGAGCGGUUGCCAGGUGAUGGGUGUUCUACAGAAGUGGACGAUGAAGAGGACAUGAUCGAUGACAUCAACGAUGAUGUUGGGUCAGACGAUGAUGACGUGCUGUCAGUCUCCAGCUCUGCCUCCCAGCUGUCGCUGGUGGAGCGUACUGCCUCGGCCCGCCCGGCGCUUGUCGGGGAGGAGAACAAACAGGGUCACCUGGGAGGGUCGGACGCUGACAGACUCGCCCUGCUCACCAGGUCGUCCUACAGAACUACAUCUGCAGAGGGAGCAUUGGAGAUGAAACCUCCUCUCAUAGCCAGUCUGUUCUCCAAUGUCUCACCUGUCAUCUACUUUGGCACGGAUGCAGAGAAGAUUGCACCACUGCCGUAUGAGACCAGGAAGCUGCUGAAGUGGAGACUGAGCACGAUCACUCCUAUUGUUGUGAAGAAUGUCCUCGGCAGGUCGCACUUCAAACUAACCAAAAAGGGAAAUGACUGGCUGGGAUACUGGGGCAAACAUAUGAAGUCUAACGGAUUCCGGAGUGUUCGAGAAUUCCAAAAGGUAAACCACUUCCCCGGGACGUUCCAAAUCGGACGCAAGGACCGACUGUGGCGGAAUCUGUCCCGCAUGCAGGUGCAUUAUGGGAAGAAGGAUUUCAACUUCUUCCCGUUGACCUUUGUGCUGCCCUCUGACUUCAAACAGCUGAAGAGGACAUGGGAAGAUGGCGGCACCAAGCAGAAGUGGAUCAUCAAGCCGCCUGCGUCAGCUAGAGGUAUUGGUAUCAAAGUAAUCCACAAGUGGAACCAGGUUCCUAGGAAAAGGCCAGUCAUUGUGCAGAGAUACUUGUCCCGUCCCUACCUCAUCAAUGGCAGUAAGUUUGACCUGCGGUUGUACGUGUAUGUGACCUCAUACGACCCCCUCCGUGUGUACCUGUUCCAAGACGGGCUCGUGAGAUUCGCUACCUGCAAGUAUUCCUUCUCCAUGAAGAGCUUGUCCAACCGUUUCAUGCACCUGACUAACUACAGUGUGAACAAACGGAACGCUGAGUUCACGCCAAACAGCGACAAGGACAGAUGUGAGGGACACAAGUGGGGUCUUCAGGCCCUGUGGAGAUACCUGCAGCGGGGAGGCAUCAACACUGACCAUAUAUGGGAGCAGAUCAAGGAUCUAGUCAUCAAAACAAUCAUCUGUUGUGAAUCUGCAGUAAACAGUCUGGUGAAAGCCAACGUGCGGCGGCGCUACUGUGUGAACGAACUGUUCGGCUUCGACAUCAUGCUGGACUCAGACCUGAAGCCUUGGAUUUUAGAGGUCAACAUCUCCCCAAGUCUCCACUCCAACUCACCGCUGGAUGUGAACAUCAAAGGUCAGAUGAUCCGCGACCUGAUGAACCUGGCGGGAUUCCAGAUUCCUGACAAGACGGUCGUCAUGGCAGCAAACAACGUCAACGCUUCCCAGACCUUCAGCACGGACAAACGCCACCAGAGCACGGACCUCGCGCCAGACGAGAAGGCCAAACACGCUUUCUUUGUGCAGAAGUACAUUGAUGAGCAACUGCGGAUGACCAUCACGGACACUCUGACCCCUGAUGACGUCCGCAUGCUGAUUGAGACCGAAGACGAGUUCAACCGGCGCGGGAUGUACGAGCGCAUCUUUCCCUCCCCCACCUCCAACAAGUACCACCGCUUCUUCGAGCAGCCCAGGUACUACAACAUCCUGAUGGACGAAUGGGUGCGCAGGUACCAUCGCCAGCACUCCAGAGGAAUAGGGAUGCUAGAUGCCUUCUGUCAGCAUAGCCUGCACGUUGGCACGACAACAAACCCCGCCCACCAGUGGGCCCCGCCCAAGUUUGUACGCAUCUCUCGGGACCAGAGAUCUAUCAGUGCCCCAUUGACUCAUGGUGCAAUGGCAGGGCUACCGAGAAUCAAAAAGAAGGGUCACAAAGGGUCAAAGGGCAACAAGAAGCCCGCCCCCUCCUCCGGUACGGUGGCUUCCCUCUCCAUGACCAAGAUCUCCCUGCAGGACAAACCACUCGAUGAGGGGGACGAGCGCAGUGCCUCGGCCACAAGUUGACAAUUACCAGUCCUACCUCCCCUCCAGGAUCUGACAGGUCCGCCUGCACCAGUCUUCCAGAAGAAAGUGAAGAAGAGGCUCAUGCCUGCUCAUCAGCUGGGCAGCAUCCUUGAACCAAAGACUCUGUGCUUCCAACACAGCUGUGACUGCUGCCUGUGAAGCAAAGACCACUAGAAAACUGGUGCUAUUCACGAUAGGGAUACAACAGUGUUGUUCUAUGGAUGUAGCUAUACACUAUAGAAAUAUGCAAUGCCAUGCCAUAGAACAAGAUGUUGAGUAUCCUUUUAAUUUGUUGACGGAAACCCAAGCCCACUACUUGCUGUAAGACUGAUACUAAUUUUUUUUUUUCUUGACAACCAUUUUUAUUUCUUUAGUUUAGAACACUGUCAUAUUUAUAAUAAGACACCUAUAUCUACUGUGAUCCAGAAUUUACCAACAUUCCAUGUUAAUUUUUUUUUUAAACCAAACCUGCUUCCUACUGAUUAGCUAAUGUCAGGAAGUUAUUUUUAAAUUUACUUUAUAUGAUUUACAUAUACAAGAUAAUGUAGAUGAAACAUGUAUUCAGUUUUUCUUCAGAAUACUUUCACUUGUACUAAUGGAAGCAAGUGGUAGCAUCUUACUUAAUCAAAAUAUAUAGAGAAAUUUUCUCUCAUUAUACAUGAUGUAUAAGCAAAUAAAAUUUCUGGAUCAUGUAAUUUAAUUUUUGUUCACUUUCACCUAUGCCAUAUCAGCGUUUACAUACCAUAUGUACAGUCAUUUGGCUUGUAAAAGUCACAAUCCUUGCAGUACUUGUAGUAGGGACAAACCAUUACUGGACCCUGCAGAUUCUAGAGGAGAGGUAGGACAGAUAUCAGGAGGGGAGAUUCAGUAAUACCCUAGGAAAUAGGCAAAGGGUAGGAAGUAACUAAACGUGGCAAUCACAAAUUUUCAAGACAAAUAAUGUGAAAGAUCUCUGCCAAGAUGUGACAAACAUCAUGACACAAAAUACCAUUUUUCUUUCAAACCACUGAGUAUAUUUACAAUUAUAAAAGCAUUGAUACAGCAAUCAAAUGUAUGUGUUUUCAGGCCACACUUUUGCCAUGAAUCUUGUUUCUUGGGUAUUAAUCUAAGUGGAUAUUUGCUCAUCUUGGUAGGGAUUUUCCCAACCCAUGCUGUAAGACUUACACCUUAUCCCAACACCUCUUAGUCUUAAGAAAUGGAGUCUCAGGGAAAUCAUACUUGGGUUUGAGGCAAUAUGAGAAUGUAAAAAAAGCAGUGUUUUAAAGAUUAAUCUUUAUAUAGAUCUUAACAACAUGUUGAAAUUGUAGAUUAGAAUAUAUUGUACAUUUUAUUGAAAUAGAGCAUUCUUGAUGUUGAAUUUUUCCCAGAUAUUGUAAAAAUGAUGUAGACAGAUACCGGACCAAAAAGCACAAUGCACAUAGAGUAUUAUGUGACAACUGUUACAGUAACUGACCUGCUAUCUUUGCAUUAGUUGCCAAAAAUGAACAACAUCACUUGUGCCUUAAUGUCUAUUGGCUGUAGUUCCUGUAGAGUUCUAAAAUUACAUUAUCAUGUAUUUAGACUUUGCUGUAUGAAUGAAAUGAUAUUCAUUGUUUGCUUGUUUCCCUUUGAAUUUUUCAAUGCUGUUCAUCAGAAGAUAUUAUGGCUGAAGCAAGUUCUAGUAGUUCUAUAUUAGAGAUAGUAUAUAUCUGUGUCUUGUUUCAGAAAUAGUGUCACAUUUUUAAGAUGUUCACUUCUAACAGGUAUAGUUAAUGUCUCUAUAAUGUCUUCCAGACUCUUAUUGCCACACCAUCAAUGUCUUAAGGAAUGCCAUUUCUUCCACUGUAUCCUCUGUGGUUAAAUUCAGACAAAGAAUCUUUGGGCUACACUGAUCAUCAAUAUUCUCUUGUCAAGGUACAAUCGCUAAUUAACUUCUUUGCAUGUCAGAAAAUUGUUGGAAUGUUUGAGAUGUGGGAAAAAUUCUGUUGCAAAAAAGUUAACUUUCAUUCCCCGUGGGAAAAUGGUUCUAUCUGUCUCUGUGUUUUAUACAGAGAGCUAUGUGUGAUUUAAUAUUGUUUACUGUGGUAAACAGCUUUUAAUGUUAUUAAUAAGCAAAUAUACUUCACUGACAACAAUCUUAUUUGAAAAUCUAAUAAUGUAAAAACUUUGAAUGAAGAAUAUUUACUGUACUCAACUGAGAAAAAUAUUAUUCUGACUUGUAAUGUUUCCUUUCUGUAUUGUUUUGCACUGGUUUUCUGUUUGAAGUUGAGUGCAAUGUUGUUUGUUUUGUGAAAUGGUUAAAGUUUGAGACGAAGAUGGUGCUAUUU